ACUCCUCCGUCCACCACCCUAGUUCCCUGUCUUGGAUUACAGUCUCCGUCCCUCCGCUGCGUGUGAAGAUGUGUUCCCUGGGCUUUGCCAGGUCUCUGGGAUUCGCCCUCAUCCCUCUCGCCACUUGCUGCAUCGUGGCAAACGUCCUGCUCUUCUUUCCUGAUGGGAAGAUGAUAUACAUUCAGGACCAUCAUGUGACCCCAUAUGUCUGGUACCUUAUGGGGAUCGGAGGAGGUGGUUUUCUGGUGCUGAUCCCGGCCUGCGUGUUUCUGGGAAUGGGGAAGUGUGUGGACUCCUGUGGGACAGAGAGCUGUGCGAUGUGUGGUUCGGUAGUGGCGGCUCUAGUGGGGCUCUCCGGCUCGGGGUUCUGCUUCCUGAUCUCCGGUGUGGCGCUCCUGAAGGGCCCGUACUGCUUCACCUCAAUGGGAUGGGAAUCUCCUUUUGAGGGUGACGGGGGACGGUAUUUGCUGGCUCCAGACACAUGGUCACGCUGCACUCAGCCGGCUAGCGUGGUGGAGUGGAACGUGACGCUGCUGUCGAUCCUGCUGGGUCUCAGCGCGCUGGAGUUCCUCAUCUGCGUCCUGCAGCUCAUCAGCGGCUUGGUGCACGCCGUGUGUCGGCCCUGCUGCUACAAGCAGGAGUACAGCCUGAACGCUUGAGACACACACACACACACAGAUACACCACUGCAGCCGAGAUCCCAUGUGUUCUGGAUAGAACAAACGUUUGUAUUGUAUACUAGCUACACUAUGCAUUUUGCUAAAACAUAAAAGUAUUUUUGUAUGAGUUCUGGUCAUUUUGUACAGGAAGCUGUUUUGUAAAUUAUUUAAAUACUGAGAGUAAUAGAAGAACAGUGGAUGAAUGUUGUUUUAUUUACCUGUGAACACUGUAAUAUGUUUUGAAUAUUCUCUUCAAUAAAUAAAUAUAGGUUUUUCGAGUA